UUUAGCGUGUAACGUCCACCGAGAGCUGAAAAGUCCUGCAAAAUACCCCCUGCACAACUCAGCACAAAUACUAGACACGGGAUUUAGUGGCGGUGACCACCCAAAACAGUGCCAUUUUUAGACGUUUACUGCUGACGUUUACAGAGGCUUCAAAUAGCUUCCGUUUUACUCUGGUAGUGAUUGGACUGUACUUACCAGUGAGCUAACAUAUUGGCUGAACAAGUCCGACAUUCUACACUUCAAUGGAGGAACAGCCCAAAGAUCGGGCACAAGAAAGGCAAUAUCACCACCACGGAGAGGACAGACACCCUAUUCAACAUACAACUUGUUCAAAAAAUGAUCAGAGCCACUUCCAGCGCCAGCAUCAGGAAACGCAGACGAAGAAAACAGGUUGGGCCAUCCGGAAAAGCAAUAAAAAAGUAAACAUCAGUGAGGAGGAGGGAGAAAAGAAUCCACAUCUGUCUGAUACUGUUGGUAUGUCACAUCCCUCCAACAGCAAUGGUAACAGACACACCAGUAACGCAAAUGUGAAGCAGAAGUCGACGCAGAAGUCGUACACGACUGUUCCGAAAGCGGGCAGCAAGGGAUUGGACUAUAAGAAGAAUAUGGACCUUAAAAAUGACAAGGAAAAGGCUGUGGAUUUGAAUCAUCAUGAGGGCCAGCCUUUGGAUAAGAAAGACUCUCUGUUGCUUCAAAAUGGCGUUGUAAACUGUGGCUUAAUUACAAAUGGCUAUUCGAGCAAGGACAAUGACGGAAGCGGCUCUGAAGGUGGAUAUACUACUCCGAAGAAACGCAAGGCCAGAUGUAACAACGCCAAGAACACUGAUAAUGUGAUAAGAGAAAAGGACAAAGACAUGCAGCAGGGAAACACUACACAAGAGCAUGGGGCUUUUAAUCUCGAGACAACUGAGAAGGGAUUGACUUCUAGACUUGAUGGCUUUAGAGCCGCCCAUAAAGGAGAAGCUCAGUCAGCAGCUCGACGAGCUGUUGUGUCAGAGGCUUCGAUGGGCGAAUCUCAGAGGAAAAACUCUGACGGCAAAACAGUUGGCACCUUUGGUAAAAAGACUGAGGAAAGGCACAAAGCCAAGCUUUCCUCACCUUCAAAAGAGGACUCGUGGACUUUGUUCAAGCCCCCUCCAGUAUUUCCAGUGGACAAUAGCAGUGCAAAAAUCGUUCCCAAGAUCAGUUAUGCAAGUAAAGUAAAAGAGAACCUCAACAAAGUAGCUCAAGGUGGAGGAGAGUCACUGCCUCCUCCUGUUAGACUGUCCCAGGUCCCUAUGUCUGCUAUGAAAACUAUCACCUCAGCUAGCUUUACUAAUGGCCCUGUUUCUGGAAACGGAAAUGGCUGCCCUUCAGUGGGUACCUUCUUUGCUCCUGCUGCUAGUAGUAUUCCACCAGCCCCAUCUAUCCCAAGUGGCGAGAAUGUAGCAUCCCCUUUGGAAAGUAACUGUAGCUCUACGACCAGUCCUGUAGAUGGAGAAGCAUAUGAGCUUAGAAAGUGUACUCUUGUAAUUUACCCUUUAAAUAUGCAACCUGUGCUCCCUAGUGCUCGUCACCUUGACCCACCGGCUGCUCAGACAAAUCAGAAAGCCUUGGGAGAUAUCUUCCAGAAUCAGUGGGGGCUUUCUUUCAUCAAUGAGCCCAACUUGGGCGCCGAAGGAGGAGGCGGCCAGGCGCCCGCCGAGGACAAGACUACUGUGGUCACGGCUCAAAGCGAGUGUCAGGCUGCCCAGCCCUGCUUUGACGUUAGCCCAUCAUUCUUAGAGCCCGGCACUUUGACUCAAGACCCAGAGAAAAGGACUUGUGCCCCUUGCAAUGUGUCUAACGCUUGUUCUCCUGCUUGCGGGAUGACCGAGGAGGAGAACAAGCCGCAGCCAUGUGGCCAGGACAAGACAAAAGUUGAGGCCAAGGGUGCAGGUUCUGCUGUGUCGGCCCCCAGUAAAGACAACGGUGCUAAGCCUGCACAGGGCCAGCUAACCACUGUGUUGUUUGGCUCGUCUAAACAACAGGCCCUCUCUAAAGACAUUGGCAGAAGGUGUAGCUGGGGGUCCUUUGAUAUUAAAGCUGCUGUCACUUAUCACACUAAAGAAAUGGAAUUCAUUUUCAACUUGCAAAAACAAGAUCCAAAAAGAGUAGUGGUUUAUGAUGAGACCAAGGAUGGACCUGAUCAGUGAGGCAGACGGUCUAACAGUACUUACCUUCUUCUCUUCUGGGUGCUGCGAUUAUCUACCUUGGAAAUCCUAAAUCCUGUCGGACAGAUCAAGUAACAACUGUGAAAACAUUGAUAGUUUAGCAUGACAGAUUUUCCUUGGAAUCUCCGGUGGAAAAACAGACUUUUUUGGGGGCAUCAGACAAACACACACUCACAUGCACGCACUCACGCUCGCGCUCGCUCGCACACGCGCACACACACACACACACACACACACACACACACACACACACACACACACUCUGGAGGGACGUUAAAGGAGUUGAUCGGUGCCUCUCCAACACGCUAAAUGGAACUUUGGAGCUGUGAUAGCUGUUUGUCUCAUGGCUCCUUAAGGAUGAUGUUCGGGAGUUCAACAAAGGAAGGUGUCAUGGAUUGCACCUCCCUAAGCCUUUAUCCUGUUGAACUGCGGCAGCCGUCAGUCUGACUAUGGGAUGCCUCAGUCGUUUUCUUUCUUCACGCAUUCAAAAUGAGUUCAUUGUAGAUAUGUUAGACGUUAUACAUACACAUCCGUGUGCAAGCUUGAAUUCAUCGUGGAGGAAAGGAGAACACACUUUGCAAAGAAUGCCUUGAAGUUGUGGAGUUAAGAUCUUUGGAGUCAAAACUGUUAAGUGGAAGCUCGAAGGUGAGGCCCCGUGCAGGAAGGGAGAACCUUGUCUUAAGUCCUUAAGGGGAAAAUCAGAGCCCAGAAAUUAAAACGCUUGCUUUUUUUUUUUCUUCGUUUAAACUGUUUCGUCUGCCCUUAAAUGAAUAGUGUUAUCUGCAGUGUGACCCCAGAGCACAGGUACAGAAGUGCCCAAUCUGAAGGAAAACUACGCCCCCUUCAUUUCCUUGGUUUAUUACAGGUGUGCUAAAGAUUUUUUUUUUCAAAAAAUCAGGUCUCCGUUAUAGGCAAAAUCUUUUCAUCCGAAAGCUUUUCAUCCAUUUCAUGCAAAAUGUUAUGAGGUCAGCGCAGAGUAUUCUUAAAUUCACAUUCAUAUAUUCCCUCUAAUAUAUGAGUCCUGACUUUAGGAAUUAACUGAGUGACGAAUUGUUAAGCAAAAGGCAUUGCUGCCCUCGAGGUCUUCUGCCUUUUGUGCUUUAUGUCCAGCAGCAAGACUCAGGAUGUCCGUUCAGAUUAGUUUGCUUGCAAUUCUUUUAAUGUAAAAAAAUGUUCACUUCCUUUUGUCAAAGGAACAUGUGUUGCAUUUUACAACCUUUUUUUUCCCCCCUGACUCUUUACUUUUCUGUCUUACGGCAUUGUGUUUCUUGCAUGUUUACUGGUGGAAAUGAGCAAGUCAGAGGUCACUGUUCAUCGCCAUACAAAGACAACAGUAACAACAAUUGCAAUACUAAUCUAGCCCCCCCCCCCCCUUCCGACUAGCCACUUUGUCAAACUGUGUUGAAAUGUGAAGAUAAGUUGUACUUUUAUGUUUUUACUGUUAACAUUUUACAUUUGCAAACCAGUGUGCAAUAACACCGUGUGAUCCAUACGAUGUGUGAAAAUGGGUUAUAUCGGAGCUACAAAAUCAUCACCCCAAGAUGCUGGUGUGGUUUGUUCAAAAAUGUUUGAGGUGCGGUUUCCGUUUGUUGCACAAAUUCUUACUAUUAUCUGCUCACGUUGAAAGAUCUUAUUAUGAAGUCUAGGGAGCCCAAAUUGCUAACUUCUUAACUGGCCAGCUGUGACAUCACUUUUCAUCACCAUCUCCAAAUCAGGAUUGGUUUAAUUACGCAAACAAAGGAACUGUGCAGGUUUCUUUUCUCUAGAGGAUUUGAUUUGGUUAACGUGUGUAUUAAUAGCACUUUAUGUAAACUAAUUGCUUUUAUCUUUUAACUACUAGAGAGAUCUAUAUGUACUGAUGAGAAAUACUCCUUGAAAGAAUGGCUCUGGGCUGUUACUUUUCAGAAAAAAAAAACAAAAACAAAGUUGAUAAAUACAGAAUUAUUAAAUGUAACUCAGGUAGUGUCGAUAAAGCCAUGACUAUGUUAAAUAUUGUUUUUGCCAAAUGGCCCCUGUCAUGUUCUCAAAUUGGAAAAUUGGAGUCCCAUUCUGUAGAGUCUCAUAUGAUGUUGUGACAAAACACCAAAUAAUUAAUGUUGAGGAAGGCUGUCGUUGCAUGCAAGGUGCUGUUAUUGUCAUUUUGGGCUCUAAAAAUACACAUUUUCCCCCUUUUUUUAAAAAAAGCACAUUGCUCCAUGCGCUGUUUUAUACUAGACUGUAAUCUUGCAAUCUUUGACGGUUCAUUUUCUCCCUUGUGUGUUUGUAGUGAAGCACCUCUUGAUUUAUUAUUGCUGAACAUCAGUGGUGUUUCUGUUGGGUAGCUACAAUCUGAGCUUUCGAGUACACUUCUCUCCACUGUGUCCUGAUUACGCAGCGCCGCAGCUCCUACUCAUAACUGCAGCCAGUCGUCUUGACAUUUAGCUUCCACGUUCUAAUCUCAGUCAGCUCUCUGGUAUUUAAAACGCUUUGUUUUUUGGCUUCCAUUGUACAGCGUGUGAUGGAUGAGUGUAUCAUCAGAUGCUGCCCUCUGAAUAAGAACAAUUGUGUUGUAUGAGGAAGCAAGGGCAUUUGAGCAGAUACUGCCCAUUAGCAUUUAGACCUUAAUGUUUUUACUGUGCUCGCGGAAAGUGACAUUCGAUCUGGUUUGAAACUACACAAAAUUCAAUUUCUCAGAUUCCCCAUAAUCCAUAGAAAGUGACAUAAUCAGGUUCUCAGAUGGUAAAUGCCAAAAGGUUCAGGCUGAAAUCAUUUUCUGCAGACAGUGAUGCAUCUAUAGGCUUCUAAAUGUAAAACAGGGUGAUCAGAAUGAGUUGUAUGUGAUGUUACUGUAGUCUUAUGACCUUUUUCUUUCUUAAUUUUGUCUUGCUAUGUUUUUAGAGGAUGGUCCUGUACAGGGAAAUCAGAGAAUCCUCCCACCCCAAGGCACCUCUGUUUUUAGCACUUAAAUACAGCAAAAAGGCUAUGUUGAAUAUGCAUUUAUAAAGAUAGAACUAUUAUUUAGUAUUGUAGCCUGCAAACCAAAAACAGGUUCUUGAAGCUGAGUAGAUGGUUAAUCAGUGAUUGGGGGGGGGGGGGCGUUUGAGUGACUGACUGUUGGUGUGUUGAGAAAGAAAAAGCCUGAUAAUGUGGAGUUUAUAUCUCUACCUCCCUCAGGAUGUGCAAUCACCUCAAGGAUGCAGGCUUCCAGGUUGUGAGUUCGGCCUCGUUUUGUGGGUGUGUGCAUAGCGAGUUCUUCCUAUUAUAUGCAAGUUCCUCAUAUAUUUCAAAAUCCCCCCCUCCCUCCUCCUUGUUGUUUCAUGUUCAGGUGCCUGUGUGAAAAAAAAAACAUACUUUUACAGCAAUUUUGAUUGUUUAAAAUCUGCUUCCAGCAUAUAUCCGUGCCAUUUUUUUCUUCUUUUUUUUUUUGUAACAUUUGCAAUGCUGUUUAAGUUCUCUUGCAGCUAAUCCUAUUUUUUUCUUUUAAACGACAUGGACGCAGCUGAAAGCAAUGAGCAUUUUAUUUGUUUUUGUAGGUUUUCUUUUGAAAUUGUCAUGGCUUGUGUGUUCGGAAUUGUGUGACCUAAAGCCAAAAUCAGUUUGAAUGGGACGGGUGGCGUCCGCUCGCUGGCGUAUACUUACUCAUGCCAGUCUCAUUGUCAAGUUUAAUGUCUGAAGUAGCACAUAAUUAAUUUGAACUGAUUUAACAAAUUAAUAUUUUAACAUAUGUUUUUAAUAACAUUUUAUUUUUGACUCAUAACCUAAUUUAUCCAUAGAUGCACAAGUAGGAUGAGACUUAAAGGAAUAAAUGAUACAGAAAAUAAAGAUGUCUCAUUUUUCAUGAGUCUUACAGGAUUUAGUUACUGAUAAAGGCUGAUCUAGACCCCCCUCCCUCCCCACCCACCCACCCAAUAGCACCAGUGUUAAUAUAUCUGAACACUUUUUCAACAGAUUUUCUACCAAUUACUUUCAUUCAUUUUCUCAGAUAGUUGUGAUGGAGUGAUGAGCAUUGAAACACUGCAUCCCAGAGUUCCUCUUAAUAUAUUUUCUAUUUGUAGUGAUGUUGAUCAUGUUGUGAGGGGGAGUUGAGGUUUUAACGUGUGGUUCAACAACUCUGAAAAUCUGCUUUCGCCAAAGGUACACUACUCAGAUAUUCAGCUAGUGAAUGGCAAGCGCACAGACUGGGGACGUUGUUGAUGAUGUCAUAACCGGCCUCCUGACAUCUUGCUGGGUUCGGAGAUUUCAGUGAAGAGAAGUCACUACUGUAGCAGCUGAAUGUCACUUUGAACGUGUUGUUAUACGGUGUGAGAGAGGAGCAAUCUUCAAAAGAUAAAAACAAAUACCGAAAGUGCUGCUUCUUCAUCCAGUAAAUCAAUCGUCUGUAAUGGGAAAUGCUGGACUUAGGUGUUUGUGCUCGACUUAAAAACUGUUCCUCCUUUAAACUGUCAUUGCCUCUUGUUAAAAUGUUUUAAUUUUGGGGGGGGGGGUUUGUUUUAUUUAAUGACACGUGAGAGGUACAGUGUUUAUGAUUCCACACAUGAUGAAUUGAAAAAAAAAAAAGGGUAACGUGUCUUUACAAGGUUCAGUCAUGAAAAGAGGCGAAAUGUUCCGCCAAGACAUCUUAUUUUGUUUCUCUGUGUCAUCUCAAAUGGCUGUUGUGCUUGUUGAUGCAUUUUUUUUCUUUUUGGACCUGCUCCUCCUUUUGUCGCUUUUACAUCUCUUGCCCCCCUAAAAUACGAGGCAAUAGCAUUUCUUUCUCAAAUGUCUUACAGGUUGACAUUUAAGUUUUUUAAGUGAGCAGUCUGAUUAUUUAAUUUCUGUUUGGAAUUUAACAGAAGUGUCACAUUACAAUGUUUUUUUUUUUUUU